UAUCCUUCGCCAGAAGCAGGAGACUGAGCUUUCGCAACGCUUCUCAGUUUCAGACCAAAUCAUCAGCAGCAAAAACCGGGGAACAGCAAGCACGACGGCGGCGGCGAUGGCCAUGGCCUCUCUUCAGAGCUCACUGACUUCGCUCUCCAUUUCCUCCAGCUCGUUCCUCGGCCAACGCCUUCCCCUAUCCUUCCCACCCCCGCCGGUCUCCGUCAAUUCAGCAGACAAGCCGUGCCUCGUUGUUGCAAAACUUAAACAUUGGGAGAGAAAAAAAUGUAAGCCAAACAGCCUUCCUCUUUUGCAUAAAAUGCAUGUCAAGGUAGGCGAUACAGUGAAGGUAAUAGCUGGACGUGAUAAGGGAAAGAUCGGGGAAAUAUCUAAGAUCUUCAGGCACAAUAGCACCGUGGUUGUCAAAGAGAUAAACUUGAAGACAAAGCAUGUGAAGAGCAGGGAAGAAGGUGAACCUGGGCAAAUUGUCAAGAUCGAAGCGCCUAUUCACAGCUCAAAUGUGAUGCUCUACUCGAAAGAUCAAGAGGUGACAAGUCGGGUGGGUCACAAAGUGCUUGAUGAUGGAACAAGAGUCCGUUUCCUCAUAAAAACCGGGGAGAUCGUUGACAGUACAGAGAACUGGAAAAAAUUGAAGGAGAGCAAGGAGAAAACUGAAGUAGCAGCAGCCUCAUAGAAAUGGUUCUGUGGCUCCAUUAGACUGUAGUCUCUGGAUCUCUUUAUGUACAUCAUUCCUCUCUAGCAACUUCAUCUGACCAUUUUCGCAGAGUUGAAAUUGUGCUCUUUCUUUCCACACCCUCAUUCAGAUGGUAGGAUAGAAAAGCAAGUUUACUUAUAUUUAGACCAAAAGAAAUGUGGGUCGUUUCACUUCUGGAAGAUGAAUGUCAGCGUUAAGAUGCAAAUUUUUGACAAGCUCUAGUUUUUUCAUCUC